AUGGCGAUUUCGACCUCGGCGACGCUGCCCACGCCGCUCAACGCGGACGUAGUCGCCUUCUGCCCGGAGUCUGGGCUCCACCACGUGCUCGCAUGCGGCUGCUACGAGCUCGACAACACGCAGCAGCCCGCCCGCCGGCACGGGCGACUUGCGCUCGCCUUUGUCGACCGCGCCGGGAGGCAGCUGGUGGAGACGAGCGCCGUCGAGGGCAUCGGCGUGCUCGACUGCAGCUGGCUGCAGACGUCGCGGCUGCUCCUCUCAGCCGCGACGGCGGCCUGCGACACCCGUAUCUACCAGGUCCACAAGGGUGCCGAUGGCACAGCAACGCUUGCUGAGGAGGCAUGUGCGACGAUGCCGUGUGCGGAUGCGGGCGACGCGUGCAUGGCGCUCGACUGGUCGGCCGACGCCUCCCGCGUCGCCGUGACGAGCACCGCGGGCCGCGUCUAUCUCGGCGAGUUGGGGCAGUCGUCCGGCGGCUGCAGUGGGCUGUGCGGGUCCGCGUCGUGGCGAGCGCACGAGCUCGAGG